AUGUCUGCCGCCAAGUGUCUGGUGUCUCUGAUGGUGGUGCUGGUGGCCGCGGUCGGUGCACAGGACAGGAUUAAGAUGUGUGGGCGAGAACUGAUACGUCUGGCCGUCUCGUCCUGCGGUAACUCCCGGCUAAGGAGAAGCAUCCCGGACAUUGACCUCAGCCAACACCAAGACGCUCCUCUCUGGGAGCUGGACGCCUCCAUGGAGGAGCAGCAGGCCCCAGAGACAGUCCACGUCUCUCUGCAGCCUGGCGGGGAGAAGAGUGUCGUCUCCUUGGCUCCUCACUGGUACCACGCGUCCUCUCGGCUCAGACGGGCCGCCGGGAAAAUAUCUGACAUUUGCUGUGAGAGAGGAUGCAGCAUGAAGGAGCUGAUACAGUUCUGCUAG